AGUUUUGUGGUGAACUACAAUAUGCAAGGGAUGGAUAGGACACUUCCUCAGCUCCUCGCGAUGUUAAAAACCGCGGAGGUGGAAAUCAAAAAGGAGCAUCAAGUGUUGAUGGUCAAUAAGACCACCAGUUUCAAGAAGGCAAAGGGUAAGAAGGGAAAUUUCAAGAAGGGUGGCAAAACUGUUGCCACUCCCGCGAAGAAGCCCAAAUCUGGACCUAAGCCGGAUACUGAGUGCUUCUACUGCAAGGGAACUGGCCACUGGAAGCGUAACUGCCCCAAGUACUUGGCAGAUAAGAAGGCUGGCAACGUCAAAGGUAUAUUUGAUAUACAUGUUAUUGAUGUGUACCUUACUAGUACUCGUAGUAGC